AUUAGAUGGAAAUUCGUUCUCUUGAUAUAACAUUGCACUAUUUUUUCCAUCACGGAAUAUUUGUUUUCCUUUCCUUUUCAUUUCAUUAAAUUUUCCCACCACCACUGCGUCUCCCCUUUGUCUUCCGCUUCAUUUCCUCGGAAGUAAAGACUUUAGAACACAACCGUAAAGAGGCUUCCACCAAAAGGAACACUCGAUCCACUUUCUAUGCCUCAACAAGUUCGCCAUACUGCUUCCUUCCCGGCACACCAGCCUCCACCUGCCUCUCUUCAAUGACCGUGCACGACGACACAGUACUGUACUGUUUCGAUAAAAUAAAUAAAACAUUCCCAUCGCGCAUCGCUUCACAGCGCCAGCAGCAGCGUUCGAAGACGUUUUCCCUUCGCUGCGUACAAAGUAUUGCAAACUUUGUCCAACUGUAUUCUCACAAACGAGGCUAAAUUUCUUACGCAAGUGUGUGAGUGUACAGGGAACAGGAAGUUGGCUUCAUUUUUGUUCGUUUUUUUGUUGUUGUUGCUUAGUUUGCUCCUCUCCGAACAGAAGAGAUACAAAACAAAGCGAAAACUAAGUAAAAAUAAAAACACCGAAAUCGACCCCAGUUCGUCAUCCAUUCCCGUUUCUGGGGUACCUAAAACUUUUGUGCGUUUAUUUUUUUUUCUACCAUUUUUGUUGUUGUUGUUAGAAUCAUUCUUUUGCUUUACAAACGGUUUUCCAUACACUGCAGAACGUUAGUUUCGUUUUUUCCUUCCGUGGUGAAACACGGUGAUGGAGCGAGAUGAUGCGUCGCCAAAAGGCAGCCUACAAACAACAACAACAGCCGGGUAAAUGGUUCGCAAUGAUAGAACUUUCAAAUGAGUUUUUCGUCCCCGAAUUGAUAACGAGUGCGCUGAAUCGAAGGCUGGAGGAACGCAGGGUGCACAUUCAGGCGGUGAAGAACAGGCGGGACAAAAGUUGAGUUUGUGUCGGUUGAUGGAUUUCCACCAUCACGAUUCCUUCAAGGCUGCCCAAUUUGACUUUUGCAACUUCACCGUAGCGUGAAGCAAUGUUUCAAAGAGUAAAAUUAAAUUGACUACUCUCAGGACCAUUUGUUUGGUCCUGCUCUGGUAUGCUGCUCGGUUACGGCAGCAAACCAAAUCAGUCUCUUGCAAGGUUGAACUCGAAGCUGGUAAACAAAGAAAACCCUCAAGAAUGCCUAAGGCGAGGAGAGAAAAGAACAUGGCUUUGGUGGCUUUGUUUGCUUUCACUUAUCUCACUAAUUCGCGGAUGAUGGAUUAGUCAAAAAGAGUUUCACGUUUUUUUUUGUGAAAUGUUUCUCACGUUACUAGCUUUAAAUUCAGGGUCUGUUUCUCACUAAUUAUGAGCGUUAUAAACGAAUAAAACUGAAGUGACUAUGGCAACUGCUAGCUUUCAACCGGUCGCGUAUAGUGUACCGAUAAGCCACUCCAUCCCACGCUAUCAUAUGUGGACAAACGAACAAAUUACCUUCAAUUACCCAACGCCAUUUAUCGUUCCGAGGUUUCACCCGGUAAGGCAAGAUACAGAAGCAACGUCACUGUGAUGGUGAUCGUGACAGUGUGAAGAUCGCGUUCCUCCAGAUGGAAAGGAAACCAAAACAACCGCCGGCUACUUCACGAUGGUUCAAUCCACAGCUGCUGCACCUGAAGGUGACACUGUUUCUCGUGUUUGGGGCAACAAGUGCGUUAGUGCCGUAUCUGACAAUCCACAUGCAAAGCAUCGGACUGACCGUGGAGGAGGUCGCUUCGGUAUACUUGACGCUACUGUUUACUUCCUGUCUCAGUCCGCCGCUGACUGGAUUCUUGAUUGAUCGUUUCGGACGCUACAAACCAGUUUUGCUGUCAAGUAUUGUGCUGAACGCCGUAUCACAUCACUUGAUCCAGUUCAUACCGUCACGAAGCGUCACUUUUGAGCAGCGCAGUAUCAAUGCGUCUCUUGCUGACGAUGGAUCAUCUCUACUUCUACAGGGAGUCGUUUGUCCAACUCAAAAAUAUCUCAACAUUUCCUGCAGCUCCAAUAGAAGCAUAGUCUUCUCGACUUAUUUAACAAACGAAGAUAUAAGCUGCGGUAACUACACCUUCCCCGAGUGUGCCUUAUCCGAACUGUCGUCCGGCACGGUUCUUCUUGUGGAACAAAUCCCCACCACAACGGAAUACGAUGAAACGUUCUGGAUGUAUCUGGCCGUUCGGUUUGCGGCGGCAUCCAUGCUCGCAUCCACACUCACCAUCACCGAUCCGAUCGCACUGGACAUGGUGGAACAGCACGGCGGUGACUUUGGACGUGAGAAACUCUUCUCAAGCGUUGGCAUGGCCAUCUUCACUCCCCUCACCGGGCUCAUGAUCGAUGCCUGCUCGAGUGGUUCCGAGCCUAGCGAAACCGUCUACACACCUGCCUUCUACACGUACGAUCUGCUGCUGCUAGGUUCACUCGCAUCCGUGUGGCGUAUGCCGAUCGGACGUAAAGUACCGUCGGAGAGUGUGAUGAAGGAUACCGGGCGGAUCUUACGCUUACCGCCCGUACUGGCCUUUCUUGCAUUUCUCUUCCUGCUCGGCAACUUUUGGGGCUUCAUCGAAAGCUAUCUGUUCGUGAUCAUGAAAGCGAUGGGCUCACCGAACUAUCUGCUGGGGUUGACGUACACCGUCGGUACGGUUGCUAGCAUACCGAUGAUGUACCUGCUGGAGCGUAUCACACGCCACGUCGGUCAUGUGAAUCUGCUUGUGAUUGCGUUCUUUGCACACGCGUUGCGCAUUCUCGGCUACUCGUGGAUAACGAACCCGUUCUGGUGUUUUCCGAUCGAGCUGAACGAAGCGGUCUCGUGCUACUUCAUGUGGGUCGUCGCAUCCACGUACUGUGCCGUGCUGGCACCGAACAACUUAGUGGCAACGUUAAUAGGUAUUGCCGGCAUGGUACACUUCUGUCUCGGCAAGGGCGUCGGCUCGUUUGCCGGUGGAUUUCUGAUAGCGCGGGUUGGAUUAACGCUGGCGUUUCGUUACGUGGGAUACAUUGCUGUGGGUUGCGGUGUUUUGUACAAGCUGGUACAUCUCCUUUGGCUAUAUAAAUAUGAUAAACGGUCACAGACUGACCGUGACCCGGGACGUGCAGUGGAAGAGCUGGUAAACCGUAGAGUAUCGAUCGUACCAAAGGUAGAUCAGUUCGGUAGUGUCGUAUCAUUUGGUGGACAGGCACGAAGAAAACCGGAAGCCGCACAUACCACAACGGAAGAGCAGGUACCUCUUGAAAAGGGAUAAAUACCGCAAUAAAUUUUUGUCCCACAAGUUAGAACGUGAUCGUUUUCCUUUCGUACCCAAGCACCACAAGUUACGGCCGUUACAUUUAUUGGGUCGAAAAAAAAUUCUGGAGGUAAUGACUCGCUCUGCUUAGCAAUAAAAAAAACACUCUAGACAUCUGCAAAAUCAUGCUUGAAAGGGACGAAAAAAUGUUCGUUCAAUAACUUUCCAAAGUGCGACCCAUUGGGAACUAAUAUGCCGGGCAGAUAAUUCAUAUCCCCAAAAACUUGGAACAUCCUCCAAUCGAUUGCUUUUGUACAAGGGCAAAAGAUAAUGCUAUUAAGGAUCGAAAAAAGGAAUGAAAAAAAAACAUGAUAUCGACCUCCAAUCAAGUUCUUUUUCGAAAACUUCACCAUCAGAUACUUUAAACUUUAAUGAAAUGAGCCACCAAAAAAGCUGCUCCCUGGUUUCCUUCUCAUUCUGUCCGUCCUCUUAAUGCAAGAGUCGCUAGACCGAGUGCUUUUUUAGGUGCCGCACAACCGAUAGGGAAUCGAAACGACCGCAGACCACAUGCUGAUUUUCGUUAUUAAUAAAGUUUCCAAUCGUUAUUCUUUACCCGCACGCGUUCGCUCGUCAUACGGCG